AGCACAAGCCCACGUGCACGUGACCACGUACUUACAAAAAAACACUGGACGGGCAGAGGCUAAUAGCAGAAGUGAAGAUGGCCCCUCUGAUCCAGCCAUCGCUCAUCAAGAACAAGGUGAAGCGACAAGAGAUCGCUAACAAGCAGAAAAAAGCCAAAGGACAGCAAAAACUUCAACAACGCCUGGCACGCGCGAAACAAGAGGCUAAUGAUCCAGCUGCAAAGAAGAAACGUCUAGUGGAAAAUGUCCCCAAAACACUCGAUAAUACCCGCGAACAUGAUCCUUCCAUGCUCCCCACUUCUAAACAAGCCACCGGAUCCUCCGCAGUACAGAUCGAAGAGCUAAAUGCUGACCUUGCAUCCGAUCCAUUUGCUCCCUACUUCAGCUUUACCGACGACCCGCAUCUACCACCAAAAGUUCUUGUCACUACGUCACCAAAAGCCUCCAGAGCAACCUACGAUUUUUGCGACGAGCUUGUGGGGGUGUUCCCUGGCGCCGAGUAUAUACGGAGGAAGAAGGGAAAGGGGUUCGAGGUGGGAAGAAUCGCAGGUUGGGCUGCAGGGAGGGGUUAUAAGCAUUUGUUGGUUGUGAAUGAGGAUAUGAAGAAACCAAACGCUAUCACAUUCGUCCACCUCCCAAACGGUCCGACUGCGUAUUUCAAACUCUCCUCCGUCGAACUUACAAAACAGAUAUUCGGCCACGCACGCGCCACGCCGCACAAUCCCGAGCUCGUGCUCAACAAUUUUGCCACGAACCUCGGACAUGCCAUCGGACGUAUGUUCCAAACGCUCUUUCCACCUCUUCCAGAGUUCCAGGGCAGACAGGUCGUCACUCUGCACAAUCAACGUGAUUUUUUAUUCUUCAGACGACAUAGAUAUGCUUUCCGAUCGCCUGAGAAAGUUGCACUGCAGGAAAUUGGUCCACGUUUCACACUCAAACUACGAUGGGUGAAAAGGGGGCUUCCAGAAGUACGCAACUUCGGCGCAUCCCCAGAGGCAUUGGAGAUCACUACGGGGGUAACCGAAGAAGAAUCUGCACCGCCUAUAGAAGAAAUCACCGAACGUGACGGGAACGCAGAUGAAGACGACGAAGACGAUAAAGAUGAUGAGAUGGGUAAGGGCCCAGGGAAAUCCCAGCCUCCCGCGAAUACGAAACCGCCAAAGGAUGGUGAAUAUUUGUGGCGUUGGAAGCCUGAGCUGGAAACGUCAAGACGGACUUUCUUCCUUUAACGUCAUGUUUUGUAUCCAUAUACCACUGGUUUCAAACGUAUAAAAGUUGUUCCCUGAUCACGGUUGAUUCUUCCCUUUCAACCAGCUGAACCAAUUGCUUGGUUCUGAAUGUGAAUCACAAGGUCUUUGAUGGCGUAUGGAACCCAUUGUCAUCCCUGGUUUUCCGGAUCCCUGAUAAUCGUUCCGUACAAGCUUCCCUAUGUGAC